GCUCACUCUCGGCUGACAAAAUGGCCGCCGGGCGGCAGGGACGCCGGGUCAUCGUUGGCUCCACCGGCGGAACAAACCAUUUUCUUCGCGGGAGGGGUGGAACCGUGCACGAAUGUCAGUCCUGUGCGAGUAAGCUGGGCGGGAACAGUUUCCGGUGCUCUACCGGAAGCCGGAACUCGUAGGACAGCCGGGGGAUUCCCUCCUCAGUCCCUCCCGUCUUUCUUCUCACAGAUACGGAUGCCGAAUCACCAGAACCUAGUCUAUGAGAUGUAUCAUUUGAACCAGAGGUAGAAGAAGCAGGAGCAGGAACACUCUCCCCAGAAGAUGGAGUCCUUCAGAGAUAAGACAGUUGAUGAGCUGAAGGAUCUGCAAGAGAAUUCAGAGGAGAUUGAACGUCUGGCACUGGAAUCUAAUGAGGUCCAGGAUCUACAGUUGGAAAGGGAGAUGGCACUGGCCACAAACCGUAGCCUGGCGGAACAGAACCUGACAUUCCAAGAGCCCUUAGAAACUGGACGUGCAAACCUCUCAGAUAAAUAUCGGGAGCUGCAAAAGCUGGUUGAGCAGUGUCAGGAGCAGAAGGCAAAAUUAGAGAAGUAUUCAAAAGCGAUACAGCCUGGCACACUGCUAAGUCUUCUUCAGGUAGAAGGGCAGAAAAUCGAAGAAGAAUCUGAGGCAAUGGCUGAAAAGUUCCUGGAGGGUGAAGUGCCUCUGGAGACAUUUCUUGAGCAGUUUUCCUCCAUGAGGAAGUUGUCCCAUCUGCGACGUGUCAAGGUGGAGAAGCUUCAGGAAAUUCUGAGAAAACCUCAGUCUUCACAAGAGCCACCCAACAGCACUGCAUUUAACCAUCAACACCCUUCUGGCAUACCUGCUGGGCCUGUAAUUCAGCAGCCACAGACUAGUGUGGCUGGGGGACCACCCUUUCCUUUACCUUAUAGCUUAUCUCCUGGUAUGCCUAUUGGCCCAUCAGCUCAUGGAGCUCUUCAGCCAGCCCCUUUUGCUGGAACAUCUGCUAUAGAAGGGUAUGCUGCUUCCCAAUCAUAUCCCCAACCUCCAUUUCCUUAUAAACACCUCUCAGGUCCUGGAUAUCCCCCACUGCCUGCUGGGGGUUCAGGACCUCAGUCUCAGGCAAGUGAUCCUUCUUCUUCAUCCCCUGGGUACUCUUGGUCUCCAUCCAGAACACCUCCUACUAGACCAGGAUACCCACAGCCCCCUCUGGCUUCAUCUACAAGACCAGGGUUCCCUCAGCCUCAGUAUUUCCCAUCAAGUGGGAAGCCAUUGUGCCCAUAUCCUACGCAACCUACAGUGCCUAAUUUUCCAGUUCCUUCUCAGUCUCAGUAUCCCACAGGUCCAAGCCAAUCCUUUGGUUAUCCACCACUGCCCCCUCGAGGCCCAAAUUGGUCGGGGUACUAGUCAGGGCCCCCAGAUUGUAUUUGUUGAUAGAAUGGCCUAAGAAACAGAUUUUUACUAGCUGAAAAGGUCUAAGAUGAAAACCUGGAAGCAUCAUCUUGGGAGACCAACUUGUGUAGGCAUUGUACUAGGGGUGGGCAGAUGUCAAGGUCUGGGAGGGCUACAGUGGCUGCCCAAGGGAACUUGAGGAGUUCAUUCCCGUCAUUGCAGUGUCACAUCCUCAAAUUAGUCUUUACUUUAAAAAUACCAUUGUUGGCACAAAGUACAGUCAUGUGCCCCCUGAGCGUGGGGGGGGGGGGGGGUUACAACGACAAUUUUACCAUAUUGGGGUGAGCAUUUCAGGUCCAGGAAAAGCCCCCUUUCCCCAAAACUGAGUUAAUUUCUAAGCCUCAAAAUUUUGGGAAUGCCAAAUUUGGCCAUUUUUUCUCCAGCCCCCUUAAGUGGUAUGAGGAUUUUUGGCGAAAAGGUUUUUGCAAAAAAAAAAAUCAAAAAAAAAAUCUGGAGAACAUGGAAGACCUAAAAGUGAAUCUGGGAUGGUAUACACAUACAGCCUAUGAGUUAUUUUUUCACCGUCCGAGCAUAAUACUGAUGGAACAUAUGGUUUAACGCUCUUUUAAGUGUUGAGAAGGAGUUUCUCCCCAGAGCUUAGGCCUUUUUUAAAAAGCUCCUAUUGGCCCCAGGGCAAUCUUUUUUAAAAUGGUUAACUGCUGCAUGGGGAAGGUGAUUAGGAUACUUACUGUACACAAAUACAGUCUAUACAUCCCAGCUUGUUGAAGUUUUCCAUUCAGAGCAUAAGUAGGCACUGAAUGUUGGCAGUCUGUCAUGGCCAGCUGUGCUGACAAAGGAAUUGGCUCAAGCCAUACUUUUAAAAGCAAAUAAAGGCCCAGACUCUUAGCUGAUGUGUAUAGGCAUUGCUCCAAUGAAGCUGUUUGAGGCAUACUUAUUGACAGCAGCUUGGAUCUGGUUCUGUGUGUGUUUGUAUGCACACAGUUGUGUGUGUGAGUGUGCGUGUGUGUGUAGUUUUCUACUUUAAUAUGUUAGAAUAGAUAUAUAGAUAGAUCUAUAAAGAAUUCUAUACACUUCUGUACACCGAUUGAUGACAAGAAGAAAUCAGUAAGCAUUCUUGAUGUAAAACGCAUGUUUUCCAGGAAUGUUUCGAUAUAUGGUUUCUUUUAGCACUUGAAAAAUAUUAGGAAGUAAAUGGAGGGCACUAUCUUGCCCUUGACAUACUUCAGAAGUAGUAUGUGAGCUAACAUAAAAGAGAUACCCCGUCCAUCAUCAGAUCCCAGCUCCAGUCCAUCCAUCAUCACCUUGGAUUGGAGGACCCAUUUUUUGUCCUUGUUUCAUAAGAAACCUGCAUGGGCAGGCGGUUUUUCAACGUUUAUGCAGGGAAUCCGAUUCCCCACUCAUCUAUCCAGUUCUCUUCCCAUCCAUUUCUUUCUGUCACAUCAUGCCCUCCCCACCUUCUUUUCCUUUCCCAGUGCUUAGGUCUUUUUUAAAAAAGCUCUGAUUGGCCCCAGGGCAAUAUUUUAAAAAAUGGUUAGUUGCUGCAUCGGGAAGGUGAUUGGGGUACUUACUGUACACAAAUACAAUCCAUACGUCCCAGCUCCCUGCUCCCAGUAAGAAUUGUACUUUAAAAAAUGCAUUGGUGCAACCAUAGUCUUUAAAAAAGGGAAGGCCUAACCAGCUGGAGGUUCCUUAUCUAACAAUAGUAGUCACCUCUUUCUUCUGUCCAGUGUACUUGCCAUUUUGAGCCUACCAGGGCUUAUUUAUUUAUCCAGUCUGCUCUGGCAGAGACAUACAGAUUAUGCAUUAUGGAAGUAACAGAUUUGUGGAAGUUGUGAAACAGAAGGAUUUGUUCCGAGAUGAGAAGGCAAGGCUCAGUCACUAUGCAUUUUUAUACUUGGGAUUUGGGAAUAACGGUCAACAUGCUGAUGCCUCAAUGUGGUAUGCGUCACUGAGGCUUAUAGGAAUGUGUGAGCUGCCCACAUAGCCAGAUCCUUUAAAUAAUGGCCUCUGGGAGUAAUUCAGGACUGGGAUAAUGAGGCUCUCUGCCUCCUCCCUUAUUCAUUACCCCAUUUUUUCAGUUGACAAGAAGAAACGCUUUGCUGAGCACUUUAUCCCCUUUGCUUGUUUAUUAUUUAUUUAUUUUAAAAAUUGACUACUAAUAGUCCUGACCAGGUUGAAUGCUUUGAAAUUUGAUGCAGACAAAUCCAUGUCUGUGAUUAACUAUAGUAAUAAAAUUUGAUGAACUGUGCACAGAUUUAUUACUUUGACUUUUGGAAAUGAAGAUGUACGUAGUUAAUUUGCUAAAAAUAUUCCCAUUUCUUGUUUGUGUCACUAAGAUCUUUUACAUCUAAAGAUCCUACCUGACCUCUCUCCUGCUCUGUAUCCUGCUUAAAAGAUCCAUUUGUGCAUCUGUUGUUUCCAUGGAGUGAUGACUGUUAUCCUCCAACACCAUGUUUCAUCUGUCUUAAGCACAGUAAUUUCUAUUAUCUCUUUGUCCCUUUCUGAUUGUUGUCAGUUCCUGGUCAUAACACCUCAUUAUUGACUUUGAUUCAUUUCAUUCUGCUCUUAUAUAAUGAAAAGUCAACCUAAUCUAAUAUUAACCUCCCUCUUACAUUGGAAAUUUACACCUGAAGAAAGUCCAAAGUUAUGAAGAUGUCUCAAAGAAAACAGAAUUGAUUUUUUAAAACAAAUGUGUGGAAGCUCUUCCUUUGGAGGCUGGGUGGCCAUCUGUCAGAGGUGCUUUGAUUGUGCUUUUUUUGCAUGGCAGGAGGUUGGAGUCCUUUCGGGGAGAGAGGGCAAAGUCUUACUAUGAUUGGACUGAAUAGCCCAUGCGGUCUCUUCCAACUCUAUGAUUCUGGGUUCAAAAGAAUUCCGGAAAUAAGAUGGUGCUUUCAUUUUGGCCUCGAAUUAGUACUUGUAACUUCAUGGUGGUAUAUCAGUUCCUUCUUCUUUUUGUUUCAUUUUUGCAUGUUACAUCUUUUUGUCAUGUGCGGAAGUGUGCAGAUAUACGUAGGUAUAUUCGCAUGAACUACAGAGCACAAAGGAAUGUGAGGCAAUGCAAACAAAAUAAAAUCUAACCAACUGUU